UACAGAAAUAUAAUAUAACAAUCAAAGUUCAGAACCUCAAGCAUCCCAACUUCUAUAAAUCUCCAAACCACCUACUACUACUAGCCAUCGAACAAGGGAAAAACUAAAAGCUAACACUCAGUCUUCCAAAUUUUCCAUGGAUUCCAAGAAGUCCAACAAGAUCAGUGAUAUAGUUAGGCUUCAACAGCUCCUCAAGAAGUGGAAGAAGCUAGCAAAUGCACCAAAGAAUAGCAGCAAGAGCAACAGCUGCAACACCACAUCCAGCACCAACGGCAGUGGCAGCAAGAGCAUCAAAUUUCUGAAGAAGACGCUCUCUUUCUCCGAGAGCUCACUCUCAACACUCUCAGGUGACACCGUUCCAAAAGGAUUCCUUGCUGUUUGCGUAGGAGAGGAGAUGAAGAGAUUCAUAAUCCCAACAGAGUAUUUGAGUCAUAGAGCUUUUGGGAUCUUACUGAGAGAAGCAGAAGAGGAAUUUGGAUUCCAACAGGAAGGAGUAUUGAGGAUUCCCUGCGAAGUCUCCGUCUUUGAGAAGAUCUUGAAGGUGGUGCAGGAUAAGAAGGAAGUUUUCUUCAUUAAUGAACAUGGAUUUGGAGGAGAGAGUUGCUCAUCAGAGGCCGAUCUAGCUCAAUCUCACCAUCCUCAGAAACCAAUGUGUAGAUAACUUUUCAUUUUUCUUUUCUUUUUUCCCUUAAAACUUCUUUUUUUUUCUUGAGGCAAUGUAAGAGAAGAGAAGAAUCUUAAAUGAAUAAUGUAGACUUCUGGUAGCAGAGACAGAGUUACUACUUGGAAAUUAAUCAAGGAUCCAAAAGUUCUUCUGUCCUCUAUUUCUAAUCGUAACUUUUGGAAGAUUUAGAACAUCACAUCAAAUGAUAUCUUAUGCCAACUUUUUCCAACUCAUAAUUUGCUUGUAUCAAUGAUUGGUCUUUCCUUUCUUCUAAUACUUUUGGCUGAAGUUUUGGGUAGUUGAGAUCCCUUGUUUGUUCAAGCCUAGUUGUCUGUGUGUACCGGGCAAGUGAAAACAUAUGCAUGUCUAAAUCAAUGUAGCUUCUCUUUUCUUCUCCUUCAAGUCUGUUGGUGGUACAAGUCUCAAUGGCAAAGCUAGACUAAGAGCUAAAGUCUGCAAUUCUUAUGUCAAGAUCAGUUUAAGAGCUUCAAGAGUACCCUAUACCUAUUUAUGGAGGUCAACUUCCAUCCCAGAAGAUUAAACCGUCCUCUUCUCAAACCCAAAUCCUCUCCAAAACAAUUUGGUUAGAUAUUGGAGUUGAAGGGAUCAUCUAACUCUGAACAUAUGAUGCAUAUAUAUCGAGAAUAAUUAGUAAGAUAAAACAAGUGUUAGUGUUGUUUAAUCCAAUCUCUUCAACAGUACCAUCCAAUGUCCUCCCAUAAAGAAAUUGAAGUAUGUUUAUCAUAGUUUAAUAUGAGAUUAUUAAUAUAAUUAAUGCAGUCUUUCGUGUUAAGCUAAAGGAAUCAUUCUAAUAAUGCAGCAUUAAACUAAAGAGGCUAACAUUAUUGUAGAUUAAUAUAUUUAUCCUUCACAUCACAUGUAAACUCCAUGUUU